AUGGAAAUAUCUAAACACACAAUUGGAAUUUUUUAUACAGCAAGAAUUUUUGGUCUAGCUCCAUAUACACUAAAAAAGAAAGGAACGGUGCAGCUGGAAGUGAUGCGUAGUAAAAUUUUCACUGUAUACAGUUUAAUUUUAAUUUCGACAAUGGUGUGUCUUACAUAUAGAGGAUUAUUAUUUGAUGCUAGUUCAAAUAUGCCUGUUCGAAUGAAAUCGAAUACAUCAAAAGUGGUGACAGCUUUAGAUGUGUCCGUCGUAGUUCUAUCAACUCUCUCUGGUGUUGCUUGUGGUAUAAAUGGUGUUACAUCAACACAAGAUUUAAACGCUGAUGAAAUUUUAACUGGACACGAUGCACAUUUCAAAGAGCAAAAAAGGGCGUAUAUUAUGUUAGGAGUAUCAAUGUUUACUAUUUCAUUAAUGCUAGGAUUAGACGUCUGGACUUGGAAUUCGAAAGCUCGACAAAUGAAUUUAUCUGCUGAUGCAGAUGCGAAUAUAAUUUGGUAUGUGCCAUUUUAUUCCUUAUAUUUCAUAUUAGUUGCGCUUCAUUUACAUUUUGCGAAUUCUGGAUUUGUUCUUGCAAAUAGAUAUAAACGUUUGAAUUCAUUAUUAAAAACAGAGUUUUUAAAUACAGAUGAUAAAUCAGAAAAACUAGAGAAAUUAAAAGAAUGCUUUAAGGAACGAAAAUUAAAUAUAUACGAUGACAUAUAUAACAAUAAGCCACUAUCUAAAGGUAUACCAAAGAAACAUUCCCUUACGAUUCCAUCAAGUACUACAUAUAAAAUUCGAACAGUGACAAAAGCUUUUUAUACAUUUUUCAUUUUAGAAAAAACUUUGAUACAGAUUGAUCGCAUAGCUUAUAUUCAUGAAUCGUUGUCUAAAGGAGUACACAGUAUUUCAUCAGCUUUUGGUGUUACAGUAGUAUUUAUGCUAGUUUCCUGUUUAUUACAUCUAGUAGCUACUGCCUACUUUCUUUUUCUUGAAUUGAUCGAAAGACAUCCAAAAUUUUCAUAUUUGCAGUUUUUAUGGAUAGCUUUUCAUUGCAUUCGUCUAUUAUUAAUAGUAGAACCCUGCCAUGUUACAACAGCGGAGGCAAAAAAGACCAUCCAGAUUGUGUGCGAAAUUGACAGAAACUGCCAUAAUCCUUUAAUAGCAAGCAGUUUGAAGAAAUUUUGGCAACAAUUAUUAGCGGAUAAACCAUACUUUUCAGCUUGCGGAAUGUGCAAUAUUGACCGACAAUUAUUAACAUCGUUUAGCAGUGCAAUAUGCACAUACUUAGUCAUUCUGAUACAAUUUCAAGGCGCAAAUGGAUAAAACGCUAACAUAAAACUUGUACUAAAUUUUAAAAAUUUAAAAUUACUAUAGUUUUCUAAUUUUAGGUCUGACUAUCUUUAUGCAAAAAAUAUGAAAAAAGUUGAAAAGGUUGCCAGAGAUUAGAUCUUCAAAACAAAAUCAAAAGAUAAUUUAAAAGAAAUUUAACUUAAAAAGAAUAUUAGAAAAUAUAACCCCUGUUGUCUAGGGAUGCUUGCAUCACAUCUAGGUACCUUUUAUCAACGAUGUUACAAACAUAUUACAAGGGAACUGGUCAACACUGGUUCCAAGGGAACUGGUCAAUACUAAUUUAAAAUAUAUUGUUAUCAAAUAUUAAUUUUAUUAAAGAAUUUUAUCCAAAUUUACAUUAGAAAUUAAUGUAUUAAAAAAUAAAUUUUUACAUAUAUUUUAGCAGACCCACACAUUGAAAAAUAUUAAUAAAAUCUUUAAAUUUUGAUAAAAUUUAAAUUAAAACUAAAA